CUCAGCUCAAAAACAAAUCUCCUUCUUGAACUCAAGGAGAUGGCUCUGGGAAGAGGCAGUGCAGUGGUUCUACUACUUUGCUUCUUGCUGCUUCACUCUCAGAUGGCUCGUGCUGCCACCUACACAGUUGGAGAUUCUGGGGGUUGGACCUUUAACACUGUUGCCUGGCCCAAAGGAAAGCUCUUUCGGGCUGGUGACACACUUGCUUUCAAUUAUAGCCCUGGGACUCACAAUGUGGUGGCCGUGAACAAGGCUGGAUAUGAUAGCUGCAAGACUCCAAGAGGAGCCAAAGUGUAUAAGUCAGGGACGGAUCAGAUCAGACUUGCCAAGGGACAGAACUACUUCAUCUGCAAUUAUGUUGGUCACUGCGAGUCUGGGAUGAAAAUUGCCAUCAACGCUGCCUGAGUUUAAUAAUAUGGUUAACUACCCAUACAUAUUGUAUUGUAAUGCAAAUUGCACCCUUUAGUGGGAAGUUAGCUCCUUUAAAUAAUGUUUAAGAAAAAAAGUAGCUAUGUGUGCUCUUCUAUAAAUGUCACUUAUCUAUAAAGAAUAAAUGUCGGCAGUCGGUGAUCUC